AUGUUGUCCAUUGAAGGAACACUGGCUCUCGCCGAGUCUCACAAUGAUUUCGCCGACGUGAUUCGACCGGAGCUCAUUCGUGUGAUAUUGUUGACCAUUUUCGCAGCUUCAACGGGCCAGCCCACUUCAGUUACCGAAGAUACCGUCCCCGAGAAGUACCGAGAUCGUUUCUUGAGUCUGAAGCAAAAACCCAACGCUCCAGUCGUAGCCGCAGACUAUAUAGUCAUCAAAACCAUGUACAAGCCGGAAUCGACAAGCCCGCUGGCGUAUCCUCUUGCCUCACCCGAACUGGCCGGCAUCCCCAAAACGUAUUUCCAGGCUUUUGGGUAUGAUCCGGUCAGAGACUGCACUCUCAUCACGGAGCAAAGUUGGAAAGAUGCGGGAACACCAAUGAAACUGAAUAUCUACCCCGGUCUGCCUCAGUUCUUUUGGGGACUGCUUCCUCAAGCAGAUUCCAGCAAGAAACACCAGCAAGACCAAAAAGCCAGUCUUGAACAGUUGCUGAAUGAGGACUUGACCUCUCAACGCGCUCCCGCCCAGCAGACGCGACGACUACGGGAAGGAAAGGGGGUCGCCUCCGACUUGACAUCACCGCGAACCUCUCCAUUCUGCCAUUGCACCGUCUCCCAUCCCCAAGAAGGCGCCAGCUCUCACGAGCACCUCUGUUUCAUCAUGGCACCCAAAUCCAAACCGCCCGAAAAGAAGCAGCAGUCGCUCACAAACUUCUUCCAGCCAAAGACCGUCAAUGGCCUCGCCGCCGCCUUCCAAAAGUCGCAAUCGGAAGCCGCCCGAUCGAGCCCACCCGAGUCGCCAGAAUCCUCGCGCAAGCGCCCUCUAGAGGAAGACAUCGAAAGCGGCAGCAAGCGACCGGAGAAGAACACCAAGAGAGCAAAGGGAGACAAGAGUGAGAAGGCCAAUGCUGUGGACCAGGGGAAGAGCUCCUUCUUCACACCAGGAACCCAGCCGCCGGCGUCCGAGUCUGAGCCCAAGUCCAAAGCAUCUGCAACUUCCGCUAGGACGGGACGGUUCGCCUACAGCCAGAGCUCAGAUGUGAAUGAGGAGGAAGUGGAGGAUGAGGAUUCGUCCACGAAGCGGCGCAAGGAGGAGCUACACAAAAAGUUCGUCAAGAAGCUGGGCCACCCGGACAGCAUGCUGUGGCGGCGCCGGAGGGAGGACGACAAGGAAGCUGCCGAUGGGGAGGAGGGUGAAGAAGAUGAUGAUGACGAGGCCUCGCCGCCCCCCAAGGCGAAGAAGGGCGGCGCAAGAGCAAACAAGAAGCUCACGCCCAUGGAGAUCCAGUUCCUCGACAUCAAGCGUAAGCAUCUGGAUACAGUCCUCAUCGUCGAAGUCGGCUACAAGUUCCGAUUCUUUGGCGAAGACGCCCGUAUUGCCGCCAAGGCGCUCAGUAUCGUGUGCAUACCUGGCAAGUAUCGCUACGACGAGCACCCCUCUGAAGCACAUCUGGAGCGCUUCGCCUCUGCGAGCAUUCCGGUACAUCGCCUGCCCGUCCAUGCCAAGCGCCUCGUUGCUGCUGGUCACAAGGUCGGCGUAGUCCGUCAGAUUGAAACGGCUGCCCUAAAAAAGGCCGGCGACAACCGCAACGCUCCGUUUAUCCGGAAGUUGACCAACGUCUAUACCAAGGGCACCUACAUCGACGAAAAUGGCGAACUCGAAACAGGUGGCGACGGCGGGGCUCCAUCGGGUGGCUAUCUGCUCUGCAUCACCGAGUCUCCUAGCAAGGGGCAAGGCACCGACGAGAAGGUCGAGGUUGGCAUAGUAGCUGUGCAGCCAACCACGGGAGACAUCAUCUACGACACCUUUGAGGACGGCUUCAUGCGCAGUGAAAUCGAGACCCGGUUGCUGCACAUUUCGCCAUGCGAGUUCGUCAUUGUCGGCGACCUCACAAAGGGAUCCGAUAAGCUCGUCCAGCACCUCUCGGGGAGCAGCACAAAUGUCUUUGGAGACCGCAGCCGCGUCGAGCGCGUCCCCCGCUCCAAGACCAUGGCCGCCGAGGCCUACUCGCACGUAACACAGUUCUACGCCGACAAGCUGCAGCAGACACCCGACGCCGCCGCUUCGGCCCUCCUGGAGCGCAUCCUCCACCUUCCCGAGCCCGUCACGGUCUGCCUCUCCGCCAUGAUCAACCACCUGAAAGAAUACGGCCUCGAGCACGUCUUCGACCUCACAAAGAACUUCACCAGCUUCUCCGCGCGCCAGCACAUGCUCCUAAACGGAACGACGCUCGAGGCUCUCGAAGUCUACCGUAAUGCCACCGACCACUCCGAGCGUGGCUCCCUCUUCUGGGCCCUUGACAAGACCACCACGCGUUUCGGCCAGCGCCUCCUCCGCAAAUGGGUAGGCCGACCUCUACUCGACGUCUUCCGUCUCGAAGAACGCGUCGCCGCCGUCCAGGAACUCGUCGACGAGCAGUCCUCCGCCAAGGUCGACCGGCUAGAGACACUUCUCGCCGGCACCAAGACCGACCUAGAGCGCAGUCUCAUCCGCAUCUACUACGGCAAGUGUACCCGCCCCGAACUCCUCUCCGUCCUCCAAACCCUCCAGCGCAUCGCCAUACAAUACCCAACCGUCAAGUCGGCCGAAGCAACGGGCUUCGCUUCCCCCCUCAUCGCCUCCGCCGUCCUCUCCCUACCCCAGAUCCUUGACCUCGUCGUCUUCCACCUCGACAAGAUCAACCCCGAGGCCGCCCGCAAAGACGACAAGUACAACUUCUUCCGCGAAUCAGAACAAACCGAGGACAUUGAAGACCACAAAAUGGGCAUCGUCUCCGUCGAACAAUCCCUCGACGAGCACCGCGCCGACGCAGCCUCCUCCCUCAAACGCAAGAAGCCUGUCGACUACGUCACCGUCUCGGGCAUCGAGUUCCUCAUCGAGGUACCCAACACAGACCUCAAAUCCGUCCCGGCCUCCUGGAUCAAGAUCUCGGGCACAAAGAAGCUCUCCCGCUUCCACACACCCGCCGUCGUCCGCCUCAUUGCCGAGCGAGACCAGCACCGCGAAGCCCUCGCCGCCGCCUGCGACGCCGCCUUCUCCUCUCUGUUACAGACAAUCGCAGACGCCUACCAACCCCUCCGCGACGCCGUCUCCUCCCUCGCAACCCUCGACUGCCUCCUCUCCCUCUCCCGCGUCGCCGCCCUCCCAGGCUACAGCAAACCGACCUUCCUCCCCGCCUCCACCAAACCCACAAUCUCAAUCGCCCAAGGCCGCCACCCUAUCGCAGAACAUACCCUCUCAGACCCCUACAUCCCCUUCACAACAACCCUCUCCUCCCCAUCCCCGCUAGCCCACCUCAUAACAGGCCCCAAUAUGGGCGGCAAAUCCUCCUUCGUCCGCGCCGUCGCCCUCCUCGUCCUCCUCGCCCAAAUAGGCUCCUUUGUCCCCGCCGACGCCUUCCAACUCACCCUCGCCGACGCAAUCCACGUCCGCAUGGGCGCCCGCGACAAUCUCGCCGCCGGCGAAUCAACCUUCAUGGUCGAGGUCUCGGAAACGGCCCGCAUCCUCCGCGCCGCCACCCCGCGCUCCCUCGUCAUCCUCGACGAGCUAGGCAGGGGCACCUCCACUUACGACGGCGCCGCUAUCGCCCACGCUGUCCUCGACCACGUCGUCCGCGAAAACAGGUGUCUUACCCUUUUCAUCACACACUACCAGAACCUCGCUCGCCUGGCCGAGGGAAUCGGCGAAGGCCUCGUCAAGAACGUCCACAUGCGCUUCACCGCUACCCGCAAAGCUGGGACCGGGGCGGAGGAAGGCGACGUCGAUGCGGAUGACGCGGGUGCUGAUGAGGAGAUUACUUUCUUGUACGAAGUUGGAGAGGGAGUUGCGCACAGGUCGUACGGACUGAAUGUGGCUCGUCUCGCUCGCAUACCCCGCAAGGUCAUUGAUGUUGCCUCGCAGAGGUCGCACGAGAUGGAACAAGAUGUAAGGAUCCGGAGAUUAAGGGGUACAGCUCGUCUUCUCGUUGAAGUACUGGAGACGAACCCCGACCAGAUUGAUCAUUUGAUCUCAAACAUAGAGCAAUUGUAG